AUGACUUCCGACAGAGAUUUAAGAAGAGACCAUGAGAGAGACAGAGAUAAAGUUGUUGAACUUAAUAGACAAAACGAAAAGAUUGAACUGGUCCAACUCGAGAAUUUUUAUCGCAUGAAGAAUAGUGCCGUAAAGAUUCAUGAUGAUAAGUAUGGUAGCAAGGAAAUGUGGAGCAAGAUGAUCAUCAAUGCCUCACAGAACAGCACUCUCUUAGCGCCUGCUGAGUUUACAAUCCAGGAUAAACACGGCAAAAGACGUACAGUUAAGAUUGGCCCGAAAACAAGCGCACAUGAUGUGAAGAGAGUUAUUGAUAUGUAUGAUGUGGCAAAGUACGAAGAGCAGAAGAAGAGAGAAAUGGCUGAUUGGGAGCGGAGUAAAGAAGAGUUCGGCUCCCGGUUGCGUGAAAUCUUGAGAGAAAAGAAUCACAUUCUAGGCUUCAGUCCGAGAGAUGAAUCCUUUGACGCAUGCUUUAGUGAUUUAGGCUACAGCUCCCACAUAACCCCGGCACAUGUUACCCAUCAUACAUCCUUUCGUCAGCCGACGCCGGACCUGAAGUUCGAGAGGGAGAAUUCUCGAAUGUCGGAUCAACUUCGUGCUGCGCAGAGACAGCUCGCAGAAGCUAGGGAAGAAUACAGAACCCUCGAAUAUGAAAAUUACAAACUCAUCCAAGAGAAUGUAGAGGUUUCUGAAUCUUUGGAUUCAACACAGAAGCUUUUGGAACAGAUUGCAGAGAAUAGAGACGAGCAUGUUAAGACAAAUAGAAAAUAUGCUGAAGAAAACAGAAAGUUGGAAUGUGAACUGGAAUCAGCACAGGCACAACUACAAACACAAACACAAACACAAACACAAGCUCAGCCACAGCCACAGCCACGAUCGUGGUGGUCAUCAGCACGCAAAGUUACCUUCGAUGAUACCAGCGAACAGUUGCGGGAGGAAGUCAAAAGAUUGUCUAGGUCCUUGGAGAAUAUGAAGAGUGGUAGGGAGCCACACAAUAUACUCCGAGAUGUCGGAGUCGAAACUCGCCUCGAAUUCCUACAGCUUUCUAAGGCGCAUGAGUAUCCAGUCAUACGCCAUCAUACUCAUCAUAGAAUUGUUUCUAGCAGUUCUACUCCAGAACUCAAUAUGGAACUUGGUGCUAAGAACAAGAGUACUGAUGGAAGUAGUCUAUACGGAGGAAAUAUUCGAGCAGAUGCGGCUCUUCUGAGCAUCAACUCAAACCAUCGAGUCAAGUUCGAACAAACAUUCAAGGAUAUCUACGGAGUUGCAUUCAGCGAGGUUACAAAGGGCUGCUCUAACAAGUAUGCUCCACAGUGCAAGGUCACUGAGAUGGCGAACUUGAGAGGAACAAUGGCACACCUAGGAUGUUUCACGAGACACACGCCUGAUAAGGACGCCGACGAUAGAUUCUUGGCUUUGUCGGUAUAUUGUGAAGGAAAGUACGAAGAUGUAGAUCGAAGAUCAACAACAGCUCUCCAAGCAGCGAAGACAUUCAGUAGCGAUCUCAGAGUUAUUGAAGCUUGUAACAAGAUGCGUGGAAUCUGUGACUCCCUCGUCGAAAGAACCAAGAGUGGUGGCCAUCGUUCGAAUUUAUUCACGGGUGGUGGUAUUGGUGGCAGAUAUAUUUGA